ACCGAUUUUAAAGGGAUUUUAACAGUCAUGUAUUUCAUCAUAUUCAUUUCGUUCAUGACAGGAGAACUGGCAUAUUGUCAUGAAAACAUUGCCCUUGGGAAAACAACAUGGCAGGAGUAUCCCCUUCUAAACGAAAAAAAUUAUUUCAAAUCAGAGUAUGCUGUGGAUGGUAGAAAAACAGACCUUUCCGGACAACAAUGCUCUGUUUCACAAAACAAAAAAUAUAAGGCCACCUGGCGAGUUGAUCUUGGAGCCAUUUUUGGCAUACACCACAUUAAAAUCUUCUACAGGACAGGUGGCAUUCCUUGGGACCAAAGGAACGGACAUAUCGGUCGGUUUCUGGGAUUUUCUGUUUACAUAUCUAAUACAACAGAGAAGAGUGAUGGAGUUUUAUGUUUUAAAGAUGCUACUUUUACAAAAGCGACCAUGCCUGCUGUUGUUACAUUAAAUUGUACUCAUUAUGGACGUUACGUAAUAUACUAUAACGAAAGAAAACCAACGAAUCCUAGUUACUACUCAGAAUAUGCUUACGGAGAGCUGUGUGAAUUCGAAGUGUAUGGUUGUUCAUCUUCUCAAUACUUCGGAGAAAAAUGUUCAAGAUGUCCAUCAAACUGCCAUGACAAUCGAUGCCACAUAGCAUCUGGUCACUGUUUUCAAUGUGAUGAUGGCUACCAAGGCAAUGAAUGCGAGCAAUCUUGUCAAAACAACACAUAUGGACGUCAGUGUUCGAAAGUAUGUGGAAAAUGUCGAGAUGGACAACAAUGUGACUAUAUAAAUGGGGUCUGUUACAUGGGAUGUGCUGCUGGGUAUUAUGGAAGCACUUGUCAUCAAGAGUGUCCUUUGGGAAGAUUUGGAGAGAAUUGCAAGAAUGAGUGCAGUGUUAAUUGUGGGCUACCUGGAACUUGUGAUGGUGUGACUGGGCAAUGUACUGGGGGUUGUCAGAAAGGAUGGACUGGUCGGACUUGUGACAAAAGUAAACAGGUUGAAAGGAUUGUAGAAUCAAGCACGCCACUGUCUUCCUCUGUUGUUUAUGUAGUAGUCACCGUUCUAUGCCUGAGUGUUCUACUCAACGGAAUUGUAAUUGCCUGGAUUUUCAUAGAUGUGAUCUGUAGACAGAUAUCAUCUCAGACAAAAUCGAGAAAUGAGUUAUCCACAAAAGAAGACACAAUUAAAACAAAACCCCGAAAGGAAGAAAGUAAUGACGAAUAUGAAGAACUUGGACAAAUAAGUCAUGCGACCAAUUGCAAUUAUGAUCAAGUCUGAAAGUGUGAUCGCAUCAAAAGUUAUACAAGCAAGCUUAAGAAAACGAGAAACUCUUGUUUAUAUUUUAGAAAUUGCCACAUUUAAACAAAAUAUGUAUUUUAUUUCAACUAUUGCAUUAUGGUCAACUUCACUAUAUAAAGAUUCGAGACAAUUUAUGUUUCUUCAAGGAAAAUAGUGUGGACUUGUUUUGCUCUCUAUGCUAAUAUACUGAAGUUAGAGUUCAGGCAUUCGUGUAAUGUUUUCUUUAACCAAGAACAACACUAAAUGACAAUUGGUUCAAAGACACAUUGUAUUUAAAAACAGCUUUGAGAGAGGCCAAGGCUUGCUUAAAUUUUCCAAAUUUCUUACAGAAUCUUUUGUCCAGUUAACAGAAUAGGGGGAAGUCUGACCAUUCAAAUUAUUUAAUUUACAGAUUAGUUUUAGGGUUAUUUCUAAAUUAUUAUUAGUUUGAAAACAUAUCAUAUAUCUAUCGCUGAAUACAGACCCAAACUUCUUAUAAAUAACUAGAAAAAAAUAUUGUUUCCGAUUUAAUUUUCAAUACAUAAAAGGAAUUCAAACAAUCAUAAGUAGCGAGGUCUUUGAAAGAUCCACGAAUAAUUACGUCCUUAUUCAGACAAGAAGAGCAUUAUUAAAAUAUUUCUUAUUUGAAAUUUUAUUGAUCUUAAAUGAUUUUUUUUUCAUGUCAGUUUGACAAAUGUUGCAUACGACCACUAAUUCAUCUGAUACAACAAUUCUUUAAAGAACCUAUAAAUACGCGUACUUGUUCAAUAUUUCAAGAAUGGAUGCUAAUUAUCGGGUAGGGUUAAAAACCACAGAUUUUCUUUUUUUCACCUAUAACCUCUCUCUCUCUCUUAAAACGUGUUUAGAUUGUAGGCUACAUGUGUUGGUUAUAGCCCAGUAAAGUUUUCAUUAAGUUGAUUUAGAUUCCAGUUUAACUUUGUAAGUUUAAUAUUUAACUCUUUACAACUUACUGAACUAUGACGCACCAUACACUUAAUGUUCACGUCAUAGAAAUAUGACGUUACCUUUUCCCCGCAAGCACUUUAUAGCGAGGUACGUUUCUCUAAGGUUAGCGUAAAUAAUUGAUGUAAUAUUUUAAUAAGAUUAUGACAUUUCUUAUUUUAUGAGUUUUUUAGCAAGUAUAAAUUAGAAGGGAAAUGGCAUUAAAUUGAAGAUUAAAUUUACUUUUGAAAGUGCGUGAAAAUGCGUGAUUGCGGGGAAACGGUAUAUGCGUGAUUUUGCGUUAGAAAUAGGAAAUGGUAUAUGCGUUAAGAUGCGUGACUGCGGGAAAGAGGGUUAAUAUAUGCUCUGUAUAAUGUUAUUUUAAACCUCUAGCAUUGGUUGUUACCGAAUUAUCAAAACGUUUAGAAACACACAAAACACAAUUUAUGAUAUAUAUACUAGUAUGUGAACAUAUUAUAAACAUACUUCAAUUAAAGAUCUAGUACAUGAAGGAUGCGUAUUGUCUCCUUUAAUGAUGCUUACUUAGUUUAGUAUAGGUAAAUGCAAUGAAGCUGGAUAUAACGUUUAGGUGAUCACAUCUAAAAAUGUGUUUUUCAUUGUCAUUUUCACUAGAAAUAAAGAA